AUGGGAACGCCAGAGGAAUACCAGAAAUUAGUUGAAACCCUUCAGGGUAUGGAAGUAGUACCAAAAGCUGAUUCUAAAGAAGAAUUAAUCAAUUGGAUGAAAGCGUACCUGGAAAAAGAGAAAGUGGAAAUCAAGAUUGAACCUGGAACUGGUGCGAAUGCUGGUGCCAUUCCUAAAACGACUACCUAUAUUCAUCCUCCUGCCAUUAGUACAUUUUCAGGAACAGAUCCAACAGGAAAGAGUGCUACUACAUUUGACCUAUGGCUGUAUGAAGUCAAGUGUCUUAUGAUUGAGAAAACCCAUUCACAAGAAGCAAUUGCUCAGGCAAUUAGAAAAUCAUUGAAGGGCGAGGCAGGACGGACUGUAAUGAGACUUGGACCUAAAGCAAAGAUUCCAGAAAUAUUGGAUAAACUUACAAGUGUUUAUGGAGACGUAGAUGAGAAAGAAUCUAUCCUUAGUGAAUUCUAUGGUGCAAGGCAGAAACAGACUGAAAACAUCACAGAAUGGAGCUGCAGAUUGGAAGAUAUUCUGGGAAGAGCGAUAAUGACAGGUCAAGUUUUUGAAAGCAGUUCUGACAAGAUGCUACAUGAUAUGCUAUGGAAAGGAUUAAGACCAGAUUUGAAAGACAUUACACACUAUGAGUGA